AUGAAUCAUUUUCAUUAUUAUCAUAUUCUAUCAUAUAUCGAAGAUUAUCAUGACAUCACCACAUUUAUUUGUAUUAACCAUCGUUGUCAACAAUCUGUAUCGACACUUCCUUACUAUCAUUAUAAACAACCACAUCCACAAAUGAUAUUUCCUUCUUUAGUAAAUGUUGCAUUUGAUUUUCCUAUAAGUACUUUAUUUCUACAAGAAUUAACUUAUAAAGCAUCUAACUUGUUUUCAUUAUCAUUUGUUAUUAAUAAAAUUAAUAUCAAACCUUUUAUAUCUACUGAUAAAACACUUCAAAUUUUCCAAACAAAGUUAUUAAAUCAACUUAAAGGUAUUAACAUUAGUUUAAAAAUUAAUUCAAAUACAAAUUUAUUUCUUGCUAAAAGCAUAUUGAAAUUUACAUCUCUUUCAUUUACAUAUGAUUCUUCAAUUAAUUUAACAACAAUUAAUUCAAAUAUUAAAGAAUUAGAUAUUACAUUAAACCAAUAUACUCCAAUUGUUCCAUUCCAAUCAUUUUUAAAUAAGUUUCUUCUCAAAAAAUUAAUUAUUAGAAUUGAGUAUGAGUGUCAAUGGAAUUUUAUUCGUUCAUUAGCUAAAUUAGUAAAAUCUAUUAAUGCCACUGGAUUAAUUUAUGUAUCAAACAAAGUUAUUUAUGAGUCUGGUGAAAUUGAUGAUUUACUUAUUAAUAUCCCACAAAACAUAUGCAUUAUAUUUAAUGAUGGUUAUAUUGGGUGUAAUGGAUUUUCUGGUAGAUUUGGAAAGUAUGAAGAAGAUAAUAUUAUUCAAAGAGAUGGAGACAGUUCAGUUAUUGUUCCUAUUCCAUUACCAGAAAUAACUCUUGACCAUACUUCUUAUACAACUCAAUUAAAAACAAUAGAUUUAUCUCAAAAAACGUGGAUAUCAUCAGUAGAAACGUCAUAUAAUUUGAAUUAUAUUAAAUUACCAACUUCUAUCAUUUCAUUAAAAUUAUAUAAUCCUCCUUCAUCUUUACCAAUGAAUUUAGUUCAAUUACAUAUGGAAAAUAUAAAUAAUUCAAUGGUAAAUUUAUCAUGUGCUGCUUUUAAUAAAUUGAUAUUAAAAAAAUGUAAUAUUGAAACAUUACAAGUACCAUCUACAUUAACAUUCUUUUCAAGUACUUAUAAUACUUUCUUAAAAGUAGGAUUAAACUGUCAAAUGAAAGAAGCAAAUUUUAAUUCAUGUCAAUUACCAAUGUUAUUAAUUCCAACUACAUGUACUUAUUUAAAUGUUUAUUGUUCUCGUUUACCAUUUGUUCAAUUAACUUGUUUAAAACAAUUAGAAGUUUAUAACUCUGAUUUCUCUAAAUUAGCAACAACAACUCGUUUAUCACAAUUAACUGGACUAACGUUUAUAUCUAAAACAGAACCUGAAUUUACUUCUUUAAAUGAACUUCCAAUUCUUAAAUAUUCAAAUGCAUUAGUUCAAUGUAAUCUUCAGCAUGUCUGUUUCUCUAAACUUAUUGCUCCUGGAUUAAAACAAUUAACAAUUGAUUUUGUACAACCAGUUCUUAUUUCUGAAAAUAAUAACAAAUCUCUCCUUACUUCAUCAGAUAUUAAUGAAGAUACUUUACCUUCAAUUCCAGAAAAAUCAUCUGUUCUUGUUUCACCUUCUUUUAUAGUCCCACGUUUAAGAGAGUGUUAUUUAAAAGGUAUUCUAUCUUUACAAUCACCAAUAGAUUCAUGGAGAAUUUAUAUUGAUGGAUGUAAUGAUAUUAUUUUAGGUGCAGCAAAUGGUGUACAUUUAAAAAAUUGUCAUGGUAAAAUUAAUUUUAAUAAUGAAAAGAAUGCAUCAGUAAUUUCAUCACUUUCUUUAUAUAAUUGUUUCUUUGAUAAUAACAGCUUUCAAAAACUUAAAGCUGUUCAACAUUUACGUAUAUACAUCACUGGUAAUUUUAAAGUUUCUGAAUGGAGAUAUCAAUCUUUUAAUCAGUUAAAUGAUAUUCUUUUAUCAGCUAAAAGUAUAAAUUUAGGAUCUAUUGUUAUUCCUUCUUCUGUUACUUCAUUAUCAAUUACAAGUGAGAAAAAGAAAGGAAAAUUAACUCAAACAACUAUUAAUCAAUUAAAAAUUCUUUCAUUAAAUUAA